UCGGUUCCGGGUGGAAAUAGUGUGAAGCUUUUAUCUGCUGCUGCGCGUCAUUGAAAACUCUGAUCCAAAGUUUAUAAAGUCAACUUAAAGUUCUGGUUUCAGCUGAUUUACUGGUAAAGUUUUAAUGAAACAGACUGAAAUGUAGAAAGAAGCAGAUUUAUAUAAGCUAAAAGCAGCGUUUUGACCGUUUCAUUCUGAAAUAAACUCGUCUGGAGCGCUUUCUUCGUUUGCGUAAAACGGGAGUCAUCGCUACUUCGGCGUCUUUUCACGUGUCUUCAGUUAACAUUCAUCAGUCACAAUGAAAAUCAACGAUAAAACCACAACAGAGUCCACUUCUCCACGGUGAGAUCACUGCUCGUCCAGCGGUGCUGCGUCCCUCUCCGUCCGAUGCGUAAAAGAGAGCCGCGGACCGGAGCACCGGCAGGCUCCGGGCGCUCUGACAGAAAGAAGCAAGACGGCGAGUGAAAGUGAGCUGAGGAGGGAAGAGAGUGUGGGAGGGUGGGAGAGCCCUCCCCCCGCCAAAUGUCUCGAUGGAUCAAGUCCUUCAUAACCCGACUCUUCUCCAGCUUUGCGCCAAAGUGUCCAAACCGGACUACGGAAUGACGGGAUGAGAUCAGAUUAGACGUUUAACUCUGGUUCAUUGAGUGGAACAGUUGCAGUCUAAGCAGCCAAACACCCUCCGGAGCGCUCGGCUACAUGUGAGAGUCUGCCGGUCCUCCAGUGCUCUCCACGCCUGCGCCGGUGAUGCCAUGCCGCGGAGCCACACCGGCGACGACAGCGGCGGCACCGGGCUCUGGCUGAAGACAUCCACGGGACGCCGGGCGCAGGACUACCCGCUGAAGGAUGUGGAGUCCGGACGGAGGACGAUGAAUAACGCGGUGCGUGUCGGGGACGGGCUGCUGGCUCCCCCCGCAGCAGGUGCGGCGGCGGCGGAGCGGAAGCAGGGCGCCCGGCUCAGCCUGCUCGGGAAGCCGCUCACCUACAGCGCACAGAGCGGCCGCAGGAACGCGCGGUACCGGCGGCUCCAGAAUUACCUCUACAACGUGCUGGAGAGACCGAGGGAGUGGGCGUUCGUCUACCACGCUUUUGUGUUCAUCCUGGUGUUUGGAUGUCUGGUUCUUUCUGUGUUUUCCACCAUCCCUGCUCACCAGGAAUUCUCCUCGCACUGCCUGCUCAUCCUGGAGUUUGUGAUGAUCGUCGUGUUCGGCCUGGAGUACAUCAUCAGGAUAUGGAGCGCCGGCUGCUGCUGCCGUUACCGAGGCUGGCAGGGACGCCUCCGCUUUGCCAGGAAGCCGUUCUGUGUCAUCGACAUCAUCGUACUCAUCGCCUCGGUUGCCGUGGUUUCAGCCGGUAGCCAGGGCAACAUCUUCGCCACGUCUGCGUUGCGUAGCCUUCGCUUCCUGCAGAUCCUGCGUAUGGUUCGUAUGGACCGCCGGGGAGGGACCUGGAAGCUGCUGGGAUCUGUAGUUUACGCACACAGCAAGGAGCUGGUGACGGCCUGGUAUAUUGGCUUCCUGGUGCUCAUCUUCUCCUCCUUCCUCGUAUAUCUGGUGGAGAAAGAAUUCAACAAGGACUUUGCCACCUACGCCGACGCUCUGUGGUGGGGCACGAUCACCCUCACAACCAUCGGAUACGGCGACAAAACUCCCCAGACGUGGACCGGACGCUUAUUAUCAGCUGGUUUCGCUCUGCUGGGGAUCUCCUUCUUCGCCCUUCCAGCUGGCAUCCUGGGGUCAGGCUUUGCCCUGAAGGUGCAGGAGCAGCAUCGACAGAAGCACUUUGAGAAACGAAGGAACCCAGCUGCCAGCCUCAUCCAGUGUGUCUGGCGUAGUUAUGCUGCUGAUGAGAACUCGGUUUCCAUUGCUACCUGGAAGCCUCAUUUGAAGGCGUUGCAUACCUGCAGCCCCGCCAAGAAAGAGCAGGGCGAGACCACUUACAGUAAGGGUCUAAGUAAUGGGAGACUCUUCAGAAAGUAUUCUCGGAAAUAUAGGAGUCAGAAGUUGAGCUUUAAGGAGCGUGUCCGGAUGGCGAGCCCUCGAGGUCAGAGCAUGAAGAGCCGCCAGACGUCCGUCAGCGAGCGCCAGCGCUGUUCCCCUGGCAACGAGGUGGUGGGCAGCGGCGAGCUUAUGGGCGGGAGUCCGGCGAAGGUCCAGAAGAGCUGGAGCUUCAACGACCGGACCCGGUUCAGGCCGUCGUUGAGGCUGAAGAGCCAGCCUCGCACUGCUGUCCCAGAUGUGGACGCCGGCAUGAUGACGGAGGAUUCGUUUGAUGAGAGAGGCUGCCAUUGUGACGUAACAGUGGAGGAUCUAUCGGCCGCCCUCAAAGCUGUCAUCAGAGCCGUCAGGAUCAUGAAGUUCCACGUAGCGAAGAAGAAGUUUAAGGAGACGUUGCGUCCGUACGACGUGAAGGACGUCAUUGAGCAGUACUCAGCAGGACACCUGGACAUGUUGUGUCGCAUCAAGAGCCUCCAGACCAGACUAGAUACUGUAGUGGGUCCUCCUCCGAGGCCUUCGAGUCGCCGGGCCAAGUCCUUUCCCUCUCCUUCCCUGCAGUUAUAUUACAGCCAGACCCGGAGGAAGCAGGCAGCGCUGGGACCGACCAGUGCAUCGGGCUCUGGUCCCAGCCUCAGUAGCCGAUCCAGGAACAUGUCCUCUCCUGCCCUGCACUAUUAUUACAGCGACACCAGGAAGAAGCUCUCUGAUGCAGGGGUGGAUCAGAUUCUGGGAAAAGGCCAGAUUCCCGUGGAUAAGAAAAUGAGGGACAAACUGCACCCAGAUGGAGACUCUCUGGAGGGCAUGAGCAUGCUGGGACGUGUAUGUAAAGUGGAGAGACAGGUAACUUCCAUCGAGUCAAAGUUGGACUCUUUGCUGGACGUUUACCGCCAAGUCCUGCAGAAAGGCCCGUCGGCGCUCACCCUCUCCUCCCUGCCCCUGUUCGAGCUGGACAACCAUCAGCACCACAGCUCUAGCUACCAGACCUCCAUCAUCAGCAGGGACCUCCCCUCCCCGCAGGGCGGAGAUCCGGUGGGAGGCGGAGGAGACAACAACGCCGGUAUGCACCGCUCCCUCAGCACCAACCCCAGAGGCCUGAGGCUCAUCCUGGCGCCUGCCGACGACGACGGUCCUCCAGACUCGGCGCCUCCAUCCUACCCUCCAUCCACGGCCUCGCUCUCCCCGUCACCCCUGCUGCCCCCCGACAGCCCCUACCCCACCCUGAUCACCCCCAGUAGUAACUCCAAAAAAGCACACUUCCCCGACCUGCCGCCGCCGCCUCCCUCCGCAGGGAGCUUCACCCUCCAGCUGCCCCCCAUGGUGCACCCGUCUCACCUCCGAUGCCCUCCUGAACCCGUCCGAGAUGACCUGCCGGAUGAGGUGGUGGCGGGGGAAGGCAGCCUGGGCCCUGCGGUUGUCGUUGGAUGCAGCGUGGACCAGAAGGGGGACGGCGAAGCGGGCUCUGCCCAGGGAAGGGUGCAGCUGCGGGAGAAGCCGAGCUUGAAACCUGAGGGGGUCUGGAGGAGGCACAUGAGCCUGGAGGUGAACCCCCUGCUGCUGCUCUCAUCCAGCCCAGAGGGGAGGCCUUCAGACUGGGAGCGCGGUCUUGGGAAAUCCCUGUCUGCUCAUAAUCUCAGCCGGCCUUUGACCAGUCGUGCCCCCGGCCUGUCCUCUGCGCUCAACAACAGCAGCAGCAGCAGCAACGGUAGCGAUCGUGGAAACGCCCACGGUCACCUCGGCAACUGGGACGGAACAGAACUCUUCAUUAGCGAGCCGACGGCAGAACAUUUCAACUUCUUGUCCCCGGGACCCAGCGGCAGCCCUUCGGACCUUCUGCAGACUGUGGAGGAGGCCGUGCUGCACUCGCAGGGAAACUCAGAGUUCCUCAGUCAGUCGUCACACACCCAGCUGGCAUAACCACACACACCCAUCCACACACUGUAUGUACACUCCACGGUGGGAGAAGCCACUUUUUAACGUAUUUUUAUGAGGCACCACGUGGAUUAUGUUGCAGAUUUUACAAUUAGAACAACUUUGUAUAUGGACAAACACUGUUUUGAUAUUUGGUCUAACAUGAUUAUGUUCAUUUGCAUUUUAUUACACGAUAUAAUAAAAUGACUGCAGCCUAUAGAGCAAAAGAAUGUAUAGAAACUAGCAUGCAAGUGGCCAUAUUCAUGUAAGACAAAAUAUACAACAGCACACAAAUAAGGAAAAUAGCUUUGCAGGAGAAAAGGUAAAUUUAUUGACUUUAUACAAAAAGGAUUACACUUUUCAUAUUCAGUAAUAUAAAGUGCAAAAAAGCAAGUUGAUUAAAAAAAAAGAGCUUUAUUUGAAAUGAAGAAGAAUAGAGAAACUCUGAAUCAGUUUCUGAGCCUGCUGUCGGACUCCUGCCGACUGUAAAUGCAAAUCAAAUAAUUUGAUUUAUCACAUCACAACUUUCCUUUCAAAGUAAAUUGCAGAAAAAGAGCAUUUCCACUGAGUCUGGACUCGAACCAAAGAACUGAAUUUGGAUUCAAACAAGCAGGAGUCCAACUUUUCAUGGCAGAAAUGACAGGAAACAAGAAAAUAUUGCACAGUUAUCUCAUAGCAACAAUUAGUUGCGAAUCAGAAAGUCGAGUGUUGCUAAACCUCAUCAAACCCACUGCAAAUCAGCUCUUUCUGCUACAACACACAAACAAACACACAUACAAGCAUUAACCACAACCACCACUACGAAAAUCCAACUUAACAAAGAGCUGAGACUGACUAAAGACUUAUUUUUCAUACAAGUGCUUGUAUUCAGAGACUUUCUUGGAAGAAGAGGAGAGUCACUCA